AUGUCCGCGUCCCCGUCCGCUUUACAAUCGACCAAGCGUCCUCUCGAGGAUCCUUCUUCACCGUCCGGUCCGACCGACCAGCCUGAGGCCAAGCGUCCAGCUUUGGACAAAGUAGUAAAAGGAGAGGAGUCCGAGAGCAAUGCAGAAGUGAAGACCGAGCCUGGUACCACAAAUGAUGCUGAUGGUCAGGGUGAUACUGUUGUUCCGGAUGCCCCUAAGGGAGGUGUCAGUGAGACACAGCCGAUUCAGUCGACUGCUUCUCACGGUGAAUCAGCUGGAAACCAGGAGCAGCAGCGGCCGCAGGAUGAGUCUAACUGGAUUCACAUUCGUGCUGUAAUUUCCAGCCAAGAGGCUGCCACCGUCAUUGGUAAGGGCGGAGAGAAUGUAUCUCAAAUCCGCCGUUUGUCGGGCGCCAAAUGCACUGUUAGCGACUACUCUCGCGGUGCGGUUGAGCGUAUCUUGACAGUCAGCGGCCCGCAAGAUGCCGUUGCAAAGGCCUUUGGUCUAAUCAUCCGUACAUUGAACAACGAACCACUUGAUGCUGCUUCCACUGCUCAAUCCAAGACCUACCCCUUGCGCUUGUUGAUUCCCCACAUCCUCAUUGGCUCUAUCAUUGGCAAAGGUGGUACCCGUAUCCGCGAGAUUCAGGACGCUUCUGGAGCUCGUCUUAACGCUUCGGAUGCUUGCCUUCCCCUCUCGACUGAGCGAUCUCUUGUUAUUCUUGGUGUCGCUGAUGCAGUCCACAUCGCGACCUACUAUGUUGCUGUGACCCUUGUUGAGCAGCUUACAGAGCGCUUCGGAGGACCUGCAGCCUCUGCGUAUGCCACCCGCAGCGGCGGUCCUGCUGGAGCCGUUCCGGGCGGUAUGCAAGUUGUACCCUAUGUUCCCCAGCCCGCCGGCGGCCAGUACGGUCACCCGGAUACCUUUAAGCGACACCAUCCCAACCAAAACCGGGCCGGAGCUGGAGCCUAUGGCGUACCCUACCUCCACGGACAGCACGCACCUGCCCCUGUGGCCCAGCAGUCUAUGCACUACGGCGCUCCUCAAACUCCUUAUGCUGGGGCUGGUCCCCACCAGCCUACGCCUUAUGGCGCGCCUCAAGCACCUCAGCAGCGUGGUGGCCCGACCCCUGCAGCUCCCGUUGGCGGAGCUAUGCCUGGCCAGCCAUUAACUCAGCAAAUCUAUAUCCCUAACGAUAUGGUUGGAGCUAUUAUCGGAAAGGGAGGUGCUAAGAUCAACGAGAUUCGACACCUCAGUGGCAGUGUCAUCAAGAUCAAUGAGCCCCAAGAGAACAGCAACGAGCGUCUGGUCACCAUUACUGGUACUCAGGAAUGCAACCAAAUGGCGUUGUACAUGCUCUACUCAAGACUUGGUUAG